ACGGAGGGCGAAGAACCUCAGAGGUUGCUCAUGGAGGGUGCAACACUUUGGAAGUGACUGUCCUGAUCUCUGUUCAACUGGCUACAUUUCUGGUGGAAGAAUGAAUGCAGCUGCCUCCUUCAGAUGUGCAGCUACAGGCCCUGAUCCACUGUGGAGGUACCUUACAGAGCAUGAUCCAAAGUAUGAAGGGAAGAAGAAACUCAAGAUUUCAGGCAGAGAGCUAGCAUCAGUUCCCACACAGCUCUUUGGCAUGGACCAGCUGCAGGUCCUGGAGAUGAGUCCCGAACGGGAGAGCUGCCUGAGGUACCGCAUGGAGCUGCUGCCCCGUGAGAUCAGCCACCUGAAGAACCUAACCCUCCUUUACAUGGACUCCAACAACUUGAAGAAAAUCCCUGCUGAAAUUGGCACAUUGAGUCACUUAGAGAGGCUCACUCUCAGCAAUAACAGCCUGAGCUCUCUGCCCCCAGAAAUUGGGGCACUGCGAAGGCUGCACAGCCUUCACCUGGCCAACAACAGCCUUGCUGAGCUGCCUGCUCCUCUCUGCCAGCUGAGGAGCCUCACCUUUCUGGACCUGAGUGACAACAAAAUAGGUACAAUCCCCCCAGGUAUUCGGCAUCUGGCGAAACUGGAGACUUUGCUACUGCUGUUCAACUCUCUGGAGAAACUGCCAGAGGAGGUCUGUGUUUUAAAGAAUCUGCACACGCUUUGGCUGGGAAACAACCAUCUCCGGUCCCUUCCAGCAAACUUUGGUGAGCUGGUGAACCUGGACUGGGGAUACAACUACUGUUCAUGCAAUUUUGAGGGCAAUCCACUGGAAAGUCCUCCCCCUGAAGUCUGCAGCAGAGGCCCUGAAGAGAUCAGAAACUAUUUCUCAUCACUUCAUGACACACAGAGAGAAUAG